UCAUUCCUACAAAAAGAGCACACACCAAAGCGAACAUAUUAUUAUUUUUAGAAUUAUCUACAUAUUUUGAUAAAAUAAGAGAAAUUAAUAAGAUGAUUAAGAUCAUCAUGAAGUCUUCUAGUUAUUAUGGGUCCAUGUUAUUAAAGAUUGUACUACUCCUUUCUUUCUUAUUUCCGGCAAUGGUUGACAGUUUGGUUCGUCACUACAAUUUCAGAGUUGUAUUGAGGAAUACGACAAAGCUUUGCUCAACUAAACCCAUUGUCACCGUCAACGGCCAUUUUCCAGGUCCAACUCUUUACGCAAGGGAAGACGAUAACGUGGUCGUAAGGGUCACAAACCACGUUACAUACAACCUCACCAUUCACUGGCAUGGAGUGAGACAAGUCCGAACAGGUUGGGCUGAUGGGCCAGCAUAUGUGACCCAAUGCCCAAUACAGCCAGGCAAAAACUACGUGUACAAUUUCACCCUAACAGGUCAAAGGGGGACUCUACUUUGGCACGCCCAUAUCUCCUGGCUAAGAGCCACACUCCACGGCGCCAUUGUCAUUUUACCAAAGAAAUCCUUUCCUUACCCUUUUCCAAAACCUCACGCCGAAAAGAUCAUCAUUUUAGGUGAGUGGUGGAAAGCAGAUGUUGAAAAUGUGGUGAACGAAGCCACACAAGCUGGUCUUCCACCCAAUGUCUCCGAUGCUCACACCAUUAAUGGCUUUGCAGGACCUUUUCCUAAUUGUUCUUCUCAGGGUUACACUCUACAUGUGGAAAGUGGGAAGACAUAUUUACUACGAAUCAUAAACGCAGCCCUAAACGACGAGCUCUUCUUCAAGAUCGCCGGCCACAAGCUGACCGUGGUGGAAGCCGAUGCUGUCUACACCAAACCCUUCGAAACAGACACCAUAUUUGUCAGCCCAGGUCAAACCACAAACGCCAUUCUCAAAGCAGACAAACCCAUUGGCAACUACUUAAUAGUAAUUUCACCCUUCAUGGACGCCCCAAUAGGCUUUGACAACUCCACCUCAUUCUCAAAAUUACAAUACAAACUCAAUAAUAGUAGUACUACUCAUCCAUCAUCAACUCCCCAAAUUGCUCCAACAUUAUUCUUAACCAACAUUCCACCCCACAACGCAACCCCAAUAACAAAAAAAUUCAUUGACUCCCUCAAAAGCCUGAACUCCAUCCAGUACCCAACAAAAGUCCCGUUGACCGUUGACCACUCUCUCCUCUUCACUAUAGGAGUUGGGCUCAACCCGUGUGACACGUGUGCCAGUGGAUCCAAACUUGUGGGAAAUAUAAACAACGUUACCUUUGACAUGCCGUCUGUUGCUCUUCUUGAAGCACAUUAUCACAACAUCAAGGGCGUUUUCACCGAUGACUUUCCGGCCAAACCGCCGGUUGUUUUCAAUUACACCGGGCCUUCUCCGGCGAAUAUCCAGACCAUGAAUGGGACGAGGCUUUACAGGUUGAGUUACAAUUCGAGUGUACAGAUCGUUUUGCAGGGUACGGGUGUGAUAGCUCCUGAGAGCCACCCGACCCAUUUGCAUGGAUUCAAUUUCUACGUGAUUGGAAGUGGAUUAGGGAAUUUUGACCCGGUAAAGGAUCCGAAACUGUUUAAUCUUGUUGACCCGGUUGAGAGGAACACUAUUGGAGUACCAACUGCUGGAUGGACUGCUAUCAGGUUCAGGGCAGAUAAUCCAGGGAUCUGGUUUUUGCACUGUCAUUUAGAGGUGCACACAACUUGGGGUUUGAAGAUGGCAUUCAUAGUGGAUAAUGGUUUUGGCCCAAAUGAGUCUUUGCCACCACCGCCUAAUGACCUUCCACAGUGUUAAAAUGUGUUCAUUACAUUUACGGAUGCAAAAAUCAGAAUAAGCUUUUAUUUCAUUCAUGGAGAGUAGAGAGAAGAGUUGGUUAUUAUACGUGGGGAAGUAGUAAAUUUUAGACAAUAAUCAUCAUCAUGGAUUAGUGGACAAGAGGUUGAUAUAACAAAUUGGUUUUCUUGUACAUGUGAAUGAAUAAAUGAAGACAACAAAAAAAAUAAGGAAUUCAAUUA